AUGGGGUGCGACAAAUAUAAGCAUAGUUCAUAUAUUUGUUUCGCUAUACAUUUUCUUGGUUCAAAUUUACAAUAUCACCAUUAUAGUAUAAAAACACAGUCAUUUGAUGAAUCACUUACAGGUGAAGCUAUAAAAGAUCCUUUUCUAGUUGUUUUACAUGAAUUUGGUUUAAAUUCGAAUAAUAUAAUUGUGGUCUGUGAUCAAGGCUCGAACAUGCGUAAAGCAUGGAAAUUAUUGAAGGUGAUUCAUACAUUUUGUAUUGGCUAUGGUAUUCAUAAUUGGUUGAUGACAGAUUGUUUUCCUGAAAUGAACUUCGUACCAGAUUUAUUAGAUAAAGUUCAAAUGAUCAUUAAUACACUUUGUUAUCAUCAACAUGAACUUGAAUGUGAAUUUCUUCGAUCAAAUGAAAUGAUAAACAAUGAUUUAUUAUCAACAAUAAAUAAAGCUGGCGAAAUUUUAGAUGCUGAUGUAGCCUCACCAUAUAUUGAUUUUGAAGAUUUUGAAGCAUUGAACGAGAAUAUGAUAAAUAAUGAUUUAGAAGAAUCGUGA